UAUAGUAGAUUUCACAUAUCGUUUAUUAUUGAUUGUCCCCUUCAACACAUGUACUUCUGCGCUUAUUGAAAAUGUCAGCCUCUGAAGAACCAAUACUCGCUAGGAUCAAUCGUCUUGAUCUCAUUUUGCAUCAGUUGGAAGAAAUUCGAGGCGAUCACCACUCUCCCAAGAGUUCAAAUGCAUCGAGCGGACCCCUGACAAGUGAUGGGCUGCCGUUUUUGUCGCCGGAGAAGCGUUGUCGGCCGGUGAAGGAGGUGAUGGUCGAAGUCCAAGAGAAGGGCAACUUGAUCGACAGAUUGCUUCAUGCCGAGGAUCGAAUCUUGAAGGUGUGUUUGCAACUUGAAGAGGAGAUUCAUGAAAGUGAGAAGAGCAGUGGUUCAGGAGAGAGGAAGUCUCCGAAGAAGGGAUUGAAGCAAUUUGUCAAAUCAUGCGUUAAGCCCAAGCACAAACCUACCAUUUUCUCUUCUUGACUUUCUCACAUACUACUUGUAUCGACCACAAGUUUGAUUUUGUAUUCCACUUUUCUACUUUUUGA